GACUGCGCGCCAACCCCGGGUUGCCCCGCCAGGACGCACACCUCUCUUCCCCCGGCAAUGGGCACGGGCGUCUCCGGGCAGUGGUGGCCGCCGCCGCUGCUGCUGCUGCUCCUGGGCCCCGCGGGCGCCCGCGCGCAGGAGGACGACGACGGCGACUACGAGGAGCUGGUGCUUGCCUUCCGGUCCGAGGAGGACGGCCCGGCCGAAGCGGCCCAGCCUGUGGCCACCGCCACCUUCCACCGCUGCGCCAAGGAUGCCUGGAGGCUGCCGGGCACCUACGUGGUGGUGCUGAAGGGCGAGACUCACUGCUCGCAGCCGGAGUGCACCGCCCGCCGCCUGCAGGCCCGGGCCGCCAGCCGGGGCUACCUCACCAAGAUCCUGCACACCUUUCACGACCUCUUCCCUGGCUUCCUGGUGAAGAUGAGCGGCGACCUGCUGGACCUGGCCCUGAGGUUGCCCCACGUGGAGUACAUCGAGGAGGACUCCUUCGUCUUCGCCCAGAGCGUCCCGUGGAACCUGGAGCGGAUCACACCUGUGCGGCACCAGGAGGAUGAGCGCCGACCACCUGAUGGAGCCGGUCUGGUGGAGGUGUGUCUCCUAGACACCAGCAUCCACAGCGGCCACCGGGAAAUCGAGGGCAGGGUCACAGUCACCGACUUUGAGAACGUGCCCGAGGAGGACGGGACACGCUUCCACAGACAGGCGAACAAGUGUGACAGCCACGGCACCCACCUGGCGGGCGUGGUCAGCGGCCGGGACGCUGGCGUGGCCAAGGGCGCCAGCCUGCGCAGCCUGCGCGUGCUCAACUGCCAGGGGAAGGGCACGGUGAGCAGCACCCUCGCAGGUCUGGAGUUUAUUCGGAAAAGCCAGCUGGCCCAGCCUGCGGGGCGGUUGGUGGUGCUGCUGCCCUUGGCGGGUGGGUACAGCCGGGCCCUCAACGCGGCCUGCCAGCGCCUGGCGAGGACCGGAGCGGUGCUGGUGGCCGCUGCUGGCAACUUCCGGGACGAUGCCUGCCUCUACUCCCCAGCCUCGGCUCCCAAGGUCAUCACGGUUGGGGCCACCAAUGCCCAGGACCAGCCAGCGACCCUGGGGGUCCUGGGGACCAACUUUGGCCGCUGCGUGGACCUCUUUGCCCCAGGGGAUGACAUCAUUGGUGCCUCCAGUGACUGCAGCACCUGCUUCACAUCCCAGAGCGGGACGUCGCAGGCCGCUGCCCACGUGGCUGGCAUCGUGGCCAUGAUGCUGACCACCGAGCCGGAGCUCACCCUGGCUGAGCUGAGGCAGAGGCUGAUCCACUUCUCUGCCAAAGGCGUCAUCAACGAGGCCUGGUUCCCUGAGGAACAGCGCGUGCUCACCCCCAACCUGGUGGCCACACUGCCCCCCAGCACCCGAGGAGCAGGUGGGCAGCUGCUCUGCAGGACCGUGUGGUCGGGGCCCACGCGCAGGGCCAGGGCCGCGGCCCGCUGCGCCGCCGCCGAGGAGCUGCUGGGCUGCUCCAGCUUCUCCGGGAGCGGGCGCCGCCGGGGCGAGCGCAUCGAGAGCCGAGGGGGCAGGCGGGUCUGCCUGGCCCACAACGCGUUUGGGGGUGAGGGCGUCUACGCCGUGGCCAGGUGCUGCCUGCUGCCCCGAGACAACUGCAGCGUCCACACAGCUCCGCCAGCCCGGGCCGCUGUGGAGACCCACGCCCGCUGCCGCCCGCAGGGCCACGUCCUCACACGCUGCAGCUCCCACUGGGAGGCGGAGAACCUAGGCAUCUCCAGGCGGCCUGUGCCAAGGCCCCGAGGUCAGCCCGACCAGUGUGUGGGCCGCAAGGAGGCAAGUGUCCACGCGUCCUGCUGCCGCGCCCCGGGGCUGGAGUGCCAAGUCAGGGAGCACGGAACCCCAGGCCCUGCAGAGCAGGUCGCCGUGGCCUGUGAGGAGGGCUGGACCCUGACCGGCUGUGGGGCCCUCCCUGGGGCCCUCCGCACCCUGGGGGCCUACGCGGUGGAUGACACGUGCGUGGUGAGGAGCCAGGACGCCAGUGCCGGAGGCAGGACCAGGGAGGAGGCCGUGGCGGCCACUGCCAUCUGCUGCAGGAGCGGGCCCUCCGGGGAGCAGGCCUCCCAGGAGUUCCAAUGACAGCUCCCCGGACGCAGCCUGGGGACGGGGUCCGGGCCCCGGGGCUGUGGUCCCAGGCCUGGGCUGAGCUUUGAAAUGGCUCCUCCUUUCCCCUCCUCAGCCCGGGCCCCAGGGGACAGAGGACACCUCUGCCUUCCUGGAGCUCUGGCGCUGGCACUCGGGGUGGAGGCCGCCCUGCCUGGGAGAGCCUGUUCCCUCAGCCUGGACCACGCCCUCCCCAGACCUGAGCUGGGGGGAGGCUGAGUGUAGCAGGGCUGCGGGUGCUGGGCAGCCCCCCUCACUGCAGGGCUGGGCCUGGCACUCAGCUGUUAUCGUGGGUCAGGCCGUGCCCAGCUUCCUGCCAGCUGCUCCGGCGACGCCAGCCCGUGGGCAGAAUGGCCUUUUACUGAGCUCCCACCACGCGUCAGGCAGGCAGUCCUCAGCCUCCACCAGGAGGCGGCAGUCCUCCCAGGGGUGGGCGAGGGGGCCCUGGAGGGUUGGCAGGGGCCAAAUAUCAGGCAG